AUGAAAGAAAUUGCACACAGUCAAGCUUACGGAAAUCGCGUAUUCAGUCGUGACAGUGCUGUUGAUAGCAAAAAAGAUGUUUCAAUUAGUGCAGAACAACCAAAAACAAUUAGUAAAUUAACACCUUACUUAUUUGAAGGUGAUAUAUUUCUUUCAACAAAACAAGCAAUGAAUAUAUUGGACUCAUUGGCUAGCAAAAAUAAAACAAAUAAAAAAGGCCAACAACGUAUGGCACAUGAUGCACCGUUAUAUUUAUUUAGAGGAGCUAACGAAAAAGGAAAACGUUUUGCUGCUGAAUAUGAUGCUAAGUGGUUUCAAUUUCCAAUAAAAUAUCGAUUUGAUGAAUCACUUGAUAUUCUACAUAUCAGUCAAAUUUUAAAAGCUCUGGAAAUAUGGCAAAGUAAUACAUGUAUUAAAUUUGAAAAUGAUCAAGAAGCAAGCGGUGAUUAUAUCGAAUUUUUUGAAGGUGAUGGGUGCUAUUCGAUGGUCGGUCGUUUUGGUGGUAGACAAGGAAUAUCAAUUGGAAAAGGAUGUGAAAGGACAGGUACUAUAAUACAUGAGGUUGGCCAUACAUUAGGCUUAUGGCACGAGCAAUCCAGGCCUGAUGCUGAAGAAUAUAUUACGGUAGUAAAGGAAUAUAUAAUACCAUCCUAUAUUAGCGAAUUUUUGACACGAAGCGAACAUGAAAUUACAACUUUUAACGUACCGUACGAUCUUGGCUCUGUCAUGCAUUAUGGUUCGACAGCAUUCAGUAUAGAUCAGAGAAGCAAAACACUUCUAACAAAGGAUCCAUUCUAUCAGAUGACAAUUGGUCAACGUGACUCAUUAUCUUUUUAUAAUAUCAAAUUAAUUAAUGAAGCCUAUUGCAAAGGUGAUUGUAAAGAAAAAAAUGAAUGUAAAAAUGGUGGUUACCUGAAUCCCAGUAAUUGUCAAAGUUGCCUUUGUCCAAGUGGUUUUGGUGGUUCAAAAUGUGAAAUGCAUGCUUCAAGCGAAUCGAAUAGCAAAUGUGGUGGAACGUUGAAAGCUAUAAUUGAUUGGCAAUAUAUUGAAUCACCAGGAUAUCCCGAUGGAUAUCCAACAAAUGUCAUAUGUAAUUGGCUUAUUGAAACUGAUAAAGAGGAAAGAAUUGAAAUCAGUUUCGAAGAUAAUUUCGGCAUAUUUUGUUCCAGUACUUGUGUUGAUUAUAUCGAAUUGAAAAUUGGCAAUGAUUUGGCUAAUACUGGUUACAGGAUAUGCUGCUACGAUAAGCCAAAUGAUUCAUUAGUCUCGGCAAAAUAUCAGGCUGUCAUCAUAUUUCGUGCGACAACAGGCGAAGAUACUGGUUUCAAGCUUAAAUUUCGAAAAACUAUGAAACCAGCUCAAACAACUCCUUCAUUACCCAAGACGACAACAACAGCUCCUCAUACAACAAUAGUUGGAAAUGAUAUCUGGUCCGAAUGGGGUGAAUGGUCACAAUGUUCUCGUUCCUGUGGUGCAUGCGGUAUAAAGUCUAGGCUUCGAAUAUGUAAAACUGCUCAGUGCAGUGGUAAAGUUCAACAGUUCUUAACAUGUAACUUACAAGCAUGUCCAGUGGAUAUCAGAUGUACCAAAGUUAAAUUCAAGAAUCGAUUAUGUGCUGAUGGUAACACCUGUGGCAAACCUGGAGAACUGUUAUCAAGUUGCAGUCGACCAAGUUGCUGUCCACCAUUCGAGAAUGUUGAUGGUAAAUGUCAAACUGAUCAACCUCUAUUGAUUCCACUCGAAUAA